AUGGCACAAGAGCAACAAGGAGCUGCUUUUGAGCUCAUGUCAGGUUCCGAUGUGAUGCGCAUGACGGUCUUUGGGGAGGUAGAUAUCCACGCCGGCGGCAUCCGCCUCCCGCCGGGUAUCCGCGCUCGCCAAGCCGAGGGCGACGGCGACGAUGUAGGGAUCGAGUACGGCGGCGGACGAGCAAGACAGGAAGCCAACAACUUCCCGCUACCAGCGGUAAGGGCUCCCGCGGUGGAGGCUGCUGACCAGGCAUUGUUCCGACCGGAACCUCCGAAUGAGCGAGGCGUGGCCAGCGAGGCGUGGCCAGCAGGCGUGGAGAGCCGCGAGCAUUCCACGGCGACCAGCAACAUACCGCAGAAGAUACGGGGAGGGCCAAACCCCUUUUGA